CAUCACUCUUGCCAUGGCGUCGGCUGCCCAUGAUGGCAGUCACCCCGCCACACCCCACAACCCCAGGCAGCAGCAGAACCCUCCCCAGCCCUCUGCUCGCCCUGCUGACCAUCGUAAUGCCUCUGAGUCAGUCCAGCAGCAGCUGCAGCAGCAGGAGCUGUCGUACCUGCCCACACCCAGUAUGGAGGAGCCGGCCGUCACCGACAAGACCGACAAGACGGCAGACAAGCCACAAGCGGAGCCGUCGCCCGCACCAGCUCCAAAGGAUGAACCAACUGAGCCCGCCACCGUCAGCCCACCAAACGAAGACGCCGAUGAGGCCAACGACGCAGUGCCAAUGACGAGGGAGGGUGGCAACGGUCAGGGCCGCCGCAGUGCAGUGGAGCCUGCAGCUGCUGGUGUGGAGCAGCCGGUCGUCAUCCCCGCUGCUGCUGGUGUUGGUGCUGCGAGGGGACGCGUCGUCGUCGAGGACGCCCAGGCGUCCAUCCGCACCAAAGACGGCAGAGAGCCGGUGAGCACUGCAUGUCUUGGGAUGGGGAUGAGCAAUUUGGUUCUGAGUCUGGAACCUCUUGGUCCAUGUGUUUCGUUGCAUUUCGGCUGUGCAGAUGAAGCGGCGCCUGACCCAGCAGCAGUGGGAGGACGUCGUGAUCGAGUGCCGCGUACGUAUGCACACGUCAUGUCCACAGGGAAGGGGUGCAGCUGCACAGACCUUGAUGACAUUGUGUGUCUUGUUCUCUUUGUGUACCUACCGCUGCAGAGGGCCGUGGCCAAGGCCGUCGAGAGCACCACCCUGUGCGUCGACAGCACCAUCCCCACUCGUGAGGGGCUCCACGGGUUUGUGGAGGUGCUGUACGACACCACCACCAAAAGGCGGCUGGCUUACAAGAUCUUCAAACACUACGAGUGCGACGGCCGGGUAUGAAGAGCGAAGAGUACCAACGGGGAUUCCUGCAUGUGUGAAGGUGCGGCUCCCCUUUGUGUGUGUGUGUGUGUGUGUGUGCAGGAUGAGGAGGGCUUCGUGAUUAACGGGUGGGACCUGGCCGCUGCCGUCGACGUGCAGCAUGACAACGUCAUCGCCGUCCCCCGCACCCUCAAGGUGCGAAGCCGUCACGCCACCGUCAAGGUGGUCGUGAUGGCUUUCUGCAACGGUACGUGGCAGAGAUUCCGAGCAAUGCGAUCGUCCAUCGGUGCACACACAUACUCUUCGCUUCUCGUUUGUGGUCACUCACCUUCAGGCGGCACGUUGGCGGACGACGGCUUUGUCGACGUGCUGGGGGAGGAGAGGGAGCCGGUGCUGAUGCCGCUGCUGCGGCAGGCCCUGCAGGGCCUCCUGCACCUCCACAGCAAGCGGCUCUGCCACACCGACAUGCUGGUAGGUGGAAGAACGACUCGCAUAUUCAUUGGUCCACGCUGACUCACAGCGCUCUCAUUGCGUGGUUCAGGGGGCCGAGGACUGCCCCGGCGGGAAUCUGGCCCUCAGCAUCGACACCGUGUCACGGGAGGGGAGGCUGGUGAUAAUCGACCUCGACAGGAUGGAGCAGCACGAGGAAGCGGAAGAAGACGACUUCGUAAGUCCAUCAGCCAGGAUUUGGAAAUGGGACGCUAAUCACUUUCCCCUUUCGUUGCUCUCUGCCUGUCUGUCUGUCUGUCUGUGUAUGGGUGAAUGUUUGCAGCGAUACGAGACCAAAGCUGACUCCAAGGCUGUCGGGUUCGUUUUCGACCACCUGCUCGGGGACAGGAAGGUGAUAUACACACACACGGCAGAAGCGCCGGCAUGAGUGCACACUUCAUCAAUACCAUGAAUGCGUGCAGAGCGAGGAGGGCGAAGAGAUAGUGCACCGCCUCAAGGGCGCCAUCUACAGAGCUGAGCAGGUGAGGACACAGAGGCUCGCCUAACCACACAUCCACACAUAGGUGUGGUUUACCCUGCACACACCGGGUUGCCUGUGUCUCUGUCGAUUUCAUUCACUCAGGCCGUCGAAGAGAUCAACGACUACUGGAUGCCCAAGCACGGCCACCGGGCGUCCACAAAGGUGGACUUCGUCCCCCUCCCGCCCCUGCCCAAGAAGUCCUAGCUGAAGCCGCUGUCAUCGUCCCCCGCCGCCCCGCCCGACACACCGCCCCCCCAGUGGGUAAAGCCCCACAGGGCGGCCAUCCCCACACACGAGGAGCUGCGGAGGAGGGAGGAGAGGGCGUGGAGGGGCAGGUGGGAUGGCGGCAUGGUCAAGGGGGCGACGGCCAAGGUGGACACAGGCCUGCGCCGGCCAGCGGCCCGCCCCCCACCAGCCCGCCCCAGCCCCAGCCGACAAUAAGAAGGAGAUGGAGAGCGGUCCGCCUACACAAUCGCAGCAACAGGGGCUGACUGCGCAUGUGUGAGUUUGUCUGGGUGUGAGUUUGUCUGGAGGAGUGCUUGGCUGUGAGUGUGCCGCGUGUGGCGGUUGAGACACCGGAGUUUGGAGCCAUGAUGGCAGUGGUAUGAAUGCUUUGAAAAAGUG